AUUGCCCAAGAGCUUCCAUUUCGAGAUGGUAGUACCAAGAUUACAGCCAAACAAGUCAGAAGCCUAAAAGAUGAUAUUCCACAAUCUUCUAUUACUAAAUCUACAUCUGAUCCUACUUUUCCAUUUUCACUCAACUACUUUGCUACUACAACAUCUGGCAAACCAUCUGAAAUAUCUCAAAUUCAAGCACACUCUUACCAUACUCAUACAUGUAUUAUUUGUAAACUUAAAGACAUUCCCUAUGCAUUUUUAAAAGACAACAAAUAUAUGCUUCUGAAUAAAGCCACUCUAGUCCUUAGAGGUUAUCCAACUCAUGUCGCAU